GGGGGAUUAAGAAACAGGAUAAACAUAAAUAAUUAGGCGUUUUUUCCGGCAAAACGUUUUAUGCACAGUCCAAUCGGUAUAGGGAUUGGCGAUAUAUGGCGAGUUGAAACAUGGCGACUGCACAAGGAACAAAUCCGUCGCAGAUGCUCCCACUGGAGCUCGUGGACAAAUGUAUCGGCUCACGAAUUCACAUCGUCAUGAAAAACGAUAAAGAAAUCGUUGGUACCUUGCUGGGUUUUGAUGAUUUUGUCAAUAUGGUCCUGGACGAUGUGACAGAAUUUGAAAUCACACCAGAGGGGAGGAGGAUAACCAAACUGGACCAGAUCCUACUCAACGGCAAUAAUGUCACCAUGCUCAUACCUGGAGGAGAGGGCCCUGAUGUAUGAAGCCCUGGGUGCUGAGAUAGUUUUGCCUUUUCUACAUUGUGCUCCUUUUGUUGAUUUUGUUAUUUUGAUUAGUUUUCCUGAUUCAUCUUUAGGGAAGAAAAUAUUUUUGUUAUAAGAUACCUAAUGUCAUAUUAAUUUGAAAAUCACACAUGGAAAAAAAAACUACAAUUAAAGGAAAUUCACACAUGAAAA